CAAAAUUCAGUUGUCAAAAAAUUCUUGCUCUGGCUGGGUCCUUGUGUUUGUUGUAUCAAUUUGUAUGUCAAUUAUCAAUUAACCCUUGUUUAACAAUGGCUUGUUGAUUAUUAAAAAGCUGUGCUCUGGACUGAUACUAUCGAUGUGCACUGUGGAGCGCGCGUAAAACAUGGCGACCGGAGGCGAAGAUCUCUGGCGCGAGUGCGCGUCCUGGCUGACGAGAUGUGGCUUGCUGCGUCCGGACCACAAGGCGAAUUGGGAAACUAGCACCAUCCACGACCUGGCGUACACCCUACGCGAUGGAGUUCUGUUGUGUAACCUCUUGAACGUGCUGCACCCCGGCUGCAUCGACAUGAAGGACGUGAACCAACGGCCUCAGAUGGCGCAGUUCUUGUGCAUGCGCAACAUAAAAGUGUUCCUGAGGACAUGCCAUGAAGUGUUUGAGCUUCGGGAGACAGAUCUGUUUGACCCAUCAAUGCUGUUUGAUCUGUCCAACUUCCAUCGAGUACUGUGCACACUGGCAAAGUUGAGCCAAUGUCCCAAAGCACAAGUCAAAAAUGUUAAACCAUUUUCAGCACACAGGACCCAGUCCGAAGAAGAUAUUUAUAAAGACCUGCAAUCUGUUAGCGCGAGCGUGUCGCUCGAAGCGCCGCCGUACAGCAUGAGCGGGAGCCCCGAAGGCGCGGCGCAGGCCGAGGUGCCGUGGGUGCAGUUCACCAUCCCCAGCGCCACCUGCGAAGAUCGCGUCGAAGAAAUUUACGAGGACCUCUGCUAUGUCAAGUUCACUUCAGCGAUGCCGGAGCUAGCGACGUCGUCGCUCAGUCUAGAGAAACGGGACUACGUGAUACGGGAGCUAGUGGACACAGAGUCCAACUAUGUGGACGUACUAAGCAAAAUAAUCAAAUACUUUCUGAGGCCGCUCACGCCGUAUCUGAAGCCGCAGGAUCUGCAAGUUAUAUUCUUUGGCAUAAAGGAGCUUCACGAAACACACACCGGGCUGCUGCGGCAGUUAAAGCUAGCAACAGACGUGUGCGUGCCGGGCAGCGGGACGCCGCGGCUGGCCGAUGUCUUCCUGGCGUGGCGCGAGCGACUGCUACUGUACGGCGACUACUGCUCCAACCUCACGCACGGCCAGGACACGCUCAAGGCGCUCGACGCGAGGGACGCCACGUUCAGCAAGCAGCUGGCGAAAUGUCAGAAGGAGCACAGCGACGGGCGCAUCCAGCUACGGGACAUCCUGUCGGUGCCGAUGCAACGCGUGCUCAAGUACCAUUUACUGCUCGACAAACUCGUGCACGAGACGCAGCCGAACCACGAAGAUUUCCGUGGCCUAGAACGGGCGAAGGAAGCUAUGGUCGAUGUAGCUCAGUACAUAAAUGAAGUGAAGAGAGAUAGCGAGGUGCUGGUACUGCUAGCUAAAGUACAGGAGAGCAUAAUAGACUGGGAGGGCGGCGCACUGGGCGCGGGCGGCGCGGGCUUGGCGGCGUACGGGCGGCUUCUGCUGGACGGCGAGCUCAAGGUCAAGGCGCACGAGGACCAGAAGCUCAAGACGCGCUACGUGUUCGUAUUCGACAAGCUCAUGCUGCUCUGCAAGCCCGUCAAGGUUCUCACACAGGACAACCAGUACUCGUACCGGGUGGGCGUACGCCUGGCCGAGUACCGCGUGGAGGAGGGCGGAGGGCGGAGACUCCGCGGGGACGCGCGAUGGGCCUCGCACUUCUACCUCGUACGCCGGACCAAGGAUGCCACCUACACGCUGUACGCGCGAACCGACGACUGCAAGCGCAAGUGGGUCAAGGCCAUCCGCGACGCCAUAGACAAUUUGGAACCACCCGGCUGUAGAAGUACAAAUCACAAAUUCGUUUUACACACAUUCGAGAAACCAGCAACGUGUCAUCAUUGUUCAAAAUUCCUCAAAGGCAGAAUAUUUCAGGGCUACCUGUGCUCGGUGUGCAACGCGUGCGCGCACAAGGAGUGCAUCGCGCUGUCGGGCCGCUGCGGCGGGGGCGCCGCGCCCGCGCCGCCGCUGCCGCCGCACCACCACCAGCCCGACCAGGCGCUGCACUACUACAUGUGGUACGUGGGUGAAAUGGACCGCGACAUGGCGACGUCGCGGCUGGAGCGGCGCGUGGACGGCACGUUCCUGCUGCGCGUGCGGCCGCGCCACACGCACCACGCGCACACCGACACGCACUACGCGCUCUCGCUCAAGACGGACAACACGGUGAAGCACAUGCGUGUGUGCCACAAGCCCAUCGACCAGGUGCCGCACUACUUCUUGUCGGAGUCGCGCUUCUUCCGCAGCAUCGUCGAGCUCGUCUCCUACUACGAGAAGACCAGCCUCUCGGAGAACUUCGUCGGACUAAACUCAAACCUCCGCUGGCCGUUCCGGCGGGUGGUGGCGACGGUGAUCCACGACUUCCGGCCGCUGGACUCGUCGCAGCUGGCGCUGCGGCCCGGCGCUAAAGUUCUGGUGCUCAGCAAGGAGGGCGACAGCCGCGGCUGGUGGAAGGGACGCACCCUGGACAAGGGCGACAACCGGUCCGGUUACUUCCCCAAGGAAUGCGUGCGGGAGGAGCCUGAGUGCAUCGGCGCGCUGGACUGAUGUCAGCUGUGCCUCGCCGAGCGCGAGCUGCACUACGCCGCGCCACCGCGCGCGUCUGACCACGACGCCGCCGACCUCGUCUGAGCUGCCCGGCUGCGGUAUAAUGGACCAGCAAGGCGAGAAUGGAACGCAACCGUUUUGUGACGUCGCAACUUACCCACUUAUUUCUUUAGAGCAGUCUUUCCCAAAGUGUGCGAUAA